CCUAAAUGUCAUGGUUUGCCUAGUGCGGUAGUGUGUUCAACCUGCCGGGAGGGGAGGAGGGAUUUCACCCUAAGAGGAUUGCGGCGAUCGUUAGCUGCCCGCUGGCUUUGUCAAGGCAUGCCGGUUUGCCGGUUGGAGUCCAACCGACAACAACGACGUACAGUUUUCCUCCCAGAUACUCGGCAACGAAACCGGUUGGACUUGAAAUCAUGCGUAUCGAAGCAGCGCAAAAUCGAUCGUGACAGUCCAAGAUGACCUAUGGUAGAUUUUACAUGGUGGGAGCGCAUGGAAAUCCUUCACCAGGAGUGCAUCAGUACCAGAGAGCAGUCUCUUGAGGGAGUUAUUGCUGACAGGCGGCUCCCGAUAUGAAGACCAGACCUGCGGGGAUCGGCAAUGUCCAUGCCGACUGGAUGGGUUCGCUCCCCUCCAAGCUCAGUGCCAUGCCCCUCAAACAUCUAGCGGUGCCAGGCUCUCACGACUCUUUCACUUUUUGGGUGGAUGUGCAUGCUCCCGUGGGCCCCGAUCAAAAGGUUUAUGUUAAGUAUCUGGCUACCAUGUUCAGUGUCUUAGCCAAGAAAGUCAUGGUGAGGUGGUCCAUGACACAGAACCUGACUUUUAAGGAGCAGCUGGAUGCAGGAAUUCGCUACUUUGACCUCAGGGUGUCCGCAAAACCAGGCGAGCCUGGAAAUGAAAUCUACUUCAUUCAUGGCCUCUUUGGACACAAGGUGAGGGAUGGCCUGUUAGAAAUCAGCUCCUUCCUGGGCAGACACAGGAAAGAGGUGGUGUUCCUGGACUUUAACCAUUACUAUGCAAUGGAGGCAGAGCACCACGUUUACCUCAUCAGCAUGCUCCAAGAAGUAUUUGGCAGCAAACUGUGCAAUAACUGUGCGGUGGAGAACGUCACUCUGGACUAUCUCUGGGAGAAGAAAUACCAGGUGAUUGUGUUCUACCAUCAUCCUUCAGCCCAAGGCGUUCCUGUCAUGUGGCCUGGCAACAAGAUCCCUGCUCCCUGGGCAAACACCACUGAGCCCAUCAAGCUCAUAGAGUUCCUGGAAACUACGCUGAAGGAAAGAGACAAGCAGGGUUCCUUCCAUGUAUCCCAGGCCAUCCUCACUCCCACUGUCAACACUGUGGCUAAGGGGUUGCUCUGGGGCCUGCGCAGCUACCUGGUGGAGAGGUCCGUGACUGCGAUUGGAUGGUGUAGAGGGAAUCAUGGAUCAUAUUUAAACCUGCCAACCAUCAUGUCCUGGGUUGAGGCUCAGAGGCCAGGGGUGGACGGAGUCAACAUCAUCACCUCGGACUUUGUGGACCUCACUGAUUUUGCCAACAUUGUAAUCAAGCUAAAUAACCUGCUGUUGUCUGAACAGAACCGCAAACCAAGAUGACACACGUUUUCAUACCAGGAAGACUGACAUGGUGGCUUUGAGUCUAGUGGCAAAUUUUCCCUGCCUCUCUUUUUAUAUUGUUCACAAACGGCUCUGGUGCUGCUGGUAGAGCUUCAGUGUAUUUGCUUAAGGACACUCAGCAUUAAGAUGUGCAGGGAUGGACUCUGUAUGAGCUUGGGUCCUUUAAAAUAAAGCCUUUCAAUUUUUAAGGAGCUCGUCAGCUAACUUUCAGUCUGAUUUUAAGUUGUAGAUGACUUUCUUAGCCUCAGUUCUAUGAAGACAGUCCAAAAGAGGGAAAGAAGUGAGAGCUCAGAUGAGAGAAAACCAGGCAUGCCCAGCUGCAUUUUUUUUACCAUCUUCAUAAGGCAGACUGAGUCGUGUCAUGCUGGAGUUCUGGCUGCAUCUGCAGAUUCCUUUUUCUGCUUUCCCUUUUGAGGGAAAGCUAGAAAUACAUCUCAUAUUUGCUACUAAAUGGGACUGCCAGGCAGGUCACCAGAUUGGUAGCUGCUGUACAUUUUCCCUUGCAUGAUUAUAUGACUUUUAACCUCUCGGGUGCUUAUGUGGAAGUUUAUUUGGAUGGUUUAUCAAUAUUACAGAUGUGAAUUUGGUUUAUUUGUAUUUUUAAAUGGUCUUAUGAAAUUACUGACUUUGUAAGUUAAGAUAAGAGACAGAAUUGCAUGUUAAAAUGCUGUCUGUAGGCAUUUUAGCCACUAUUGUAUGAACUGCACACAAGGGAUUAGGGUAGCUUCUUUGUUUGUUUACAAGAUAAACUCUGUGUGAAAAGAAAUUCUUGAUAUGAUUGCAAUGGAACUCAUUUGUAUUUCCAACAUACUAAUGAUUGUUGAAACUGGACCAGUGAGUUAGGGUUGGCUUGUUAAAUGUAGACUUGGUCUUUUUCCAGUAAUUAAAUGAACUUGAGGGGAAAAAAAGACAUACUUAAAUUUUUUUCUUGGUAUUUUUAUUUAUAUGUUAAGCAAUGCCUUUUUUUUUCUUUUUUUUUUUAAUGAAAGAGAAGCCAGCUGCUCUCUCAUUACUUACUGAAUUUAACAAGCAAUGCGGACUAUGGCACCUUUAGGAGGACUGCAUAGGAAAAGCCCAGUAUGGGUGGAAAUUGCGCCGCAGUUCCCACAAAACACAUACAAAUACACACAAAUAGCUAUAUAUAUCUUUGUUUAUCGUAUUUUUCCCCCUUGGUCUGUUUCCUCUUACAGUGCUUAAAUGUGCAGAAAUAAAACUAGUCUCCCAAUUAAUGUAUGUUGGAAAGGAAGUGAAGAGUAUAUGGUUGUGUACAGUAUAUGCAAACAUGUGGAUGAGGGUUCAUUUAAAAACUGUUAUGCUUAAAAUGAAACCAAAUGCCAACUGUUGAGGUCUUAAAUGUUUUUGCUUGUUUGAUAGUGUGCAUGUGCAUCAGUGUGAUUUACAGUCUGUGUGUGUGCCUGUCAGGGCCAGUGAUUACUAUGCAUGCGUGGACAGUAGAGCAGCGACAGUCACCCUGCAUUCUUGUGGUCAGACUAGAGUAAGAGAAGAAAAUGAGACAGCAGAGGAAAUGUCAUAUAAAGAGAAAGGAAGGAGUAACAAAAAUAGACUUUUAAAUGAAGGUAGAUGACAUGAAAGAUCUGAAACAAAAGGGAAGAAUUUAAUUCAAAUAGAGCUGAAGUUGUAAAAUUGUAGCAGGUGGACCUGUUGCAAGAUAGCGAUCAGAACAGCUGCCUUUUCCUGCAGCGGCAUCAUCAUCUAAAAGGGAAAUGUUGUUUUACUUUUUAACCCUGUCCUCAUUUUGUCACUCACCGACUCACUUAUGUCAAAUAGCCUGGUGUGUCCAGGCCACAUUGUUGACAAGGUUGAGUGUGGUCACCAGGCACUGCGAGGUCCACACACAGACGAGCAAAGGCACUUUAAUUGUGGAGUAAUUACACAUACCAUUGUAGGCAAGUGGGAGAGCAGGGAGCAGCAGUUCGAGCAGCAGCUUGAGCUGAGAACAUUCCUCUGUUGUUUAGAUUGGUUCUGUCUUUUGCUCUCCCCUUAGUCUCUCACUUAACUGUAUCCCUGUUGGCUUCCCAGGUUUCAAAGGAGAAGACGAUCUAAGCGUAAUCACUCAGAUGUUAAUAAAAUCCUGCAGUAUUAAC